UGCACUAGUUAUUCCGUGGUCGUAGUCUGCGACUCCAUUUUGUUUUGUGUUUUGCUAAUUUCAAAUUUGAAAUAUUGCGGCAGUGUGUAACAGAAGACAAAAAUAAAUAAAAGAAUUACAUUUGUUGAAAACAACACAGGUUACUCAUUUUUUUAAAGUUUUACAAUGGAUUUUGAAGACGCCAAAGAGAACAUUCAACCUCUUGCCGCAGGUCGAAAUGCGAGCAUUCUUCAAGCUGCUCUUCACACCGAAUCGCAGGAGGAACUUCAACAACAAAGACGAAUUUACGAAGAUGCCAUUCAGAGUUAUACCGGUGAAGAUCCUUUAGAACCUUGGUUUGAGUAUGUUUAUUGGAUAGAACAGAGCUACCCAUCGGGUGGAAAGGAGUCUGGUCUAGAUGAAGUUCUUAUCAAGUGUUUGACAAAGUUCGAAAAGGAUCAACGAUACCAUCAAGAUAGACGAAUGAUUAAAUUAUACAUAAAAUAUAUCGACAAUCACGAGAAACCUCAGGAAUGUUAUCAAAAACUUUACCAUCAAGGAAUAGGAACUAUGGUGGCUGAUUUGUAUAUUUGCUGGGCAUACUAUUACGACUUAAUGGGUGAUUUUCGCAGCGCUGAUCAGAUCUUCCGAAAGGGACUCGAUUGUAAAGCACAACCUUUGCAGGAACUUCAAGAAGCUCAUCAACACUUCGGAUUUACGAUGUCACAAAGAAUUCUCUAUAAUGACGAUCUUUCUAAGGAGAAAUAUCAAAGUUCAAUGCAGGAGAAAAGAAGUGCUUUGAUAUCAUUGAAAUCCCAUAAAAAGAAAGUUGGCAGUAUUCGUACAGGUGCUGCUGUUAAAAGAUUUGCUCCUGGCACUGUGCAGUUAAACUCGGCUCCAGUUUCACAACAACAAAACUCAAUUCGGGUGUUUAAUGAUGGAGAAAAUCAGCCUUGUUCAAUUCCUGCAGCUGAAUUCGCUGCCGACUCAUCCGUUGUUAAAACAAUUCUUGACAACACACGCAAUCAAGAAAAUAUGAAAGAAGCAGGUCCAUGGAACAAAGCAAUUGCCAAGAAAAAGAAACUUUUCACCUCGGAACCUCGCUCCGAACUUGGAUUCGAAAUUCUAGAAGACCAAGAAGAUAAUCUCCCUAUAAAAAGAAAACCAAUCGAUCUCAAGCCAUUUAUAUAUUUAGACGGAUUUAAGUCACACAAUCAACCACAAGAAAGUUGGAUUAUUCCAGUCACAACAGAGAAUCAGUCAACUAAAGGCUCAUAUCCAUCAUACGACAAAUGUUUAAUCUACCCAAAGCCAAAUAUGGAAUUCUCUCUCGAAGAACUUGGUUGUUAUUUUUGGUGCAAAAAACAAAAUAUCCAAAACAAAUUUACAAACAAAUAUGACCUUAUCUGGAAAAAUAAUAUCCAAUCGGGAAUGAGAAUGUAUCCAAAUUUUGCUAAAAUUAAUGUUCCAGCGAUAGAUGAUAAACCAUCUGAAGAGACAGAUUUUGACCCUUAUGAAUGUUUAACAGACGGCAAAGGUAAGUUAGUGAUUGACGUAAAACUUUGCUAUCCUUCACAAUCGGGAGAGGAAUUUCAAUUCGAGGAAAUAAUACUCCAACGUUGGAAAAACGGAAGUAGGAAAUUCAAAUAUGAUUGCAAUGAAACUAUUGCCAUUACCCAAGAAAUGGAAGAGACAAUGUGUUUCCCGACAGAUGGAGUUAGGAGAAAGAGCUUCUUUCCAUCUAGAAAUUCAAUAUUUCCCGUGCAACAUACCAGAAUCGAAACAGCUCAGUUGCCGGUUUUGUGCGAAAAUGAAGAAGAACUACCGGGACCCUCGAACCAACAUAAAAGUAUAUUGAAAAAGCCACUCACAGCUGAAUCCCAAGAUGUUAAUAAAGGAAUCACAUUCCAUGAAGAAAAUGUCCCACAAUUUGCUUUUAAGGCUCCUUCUUCUCCUGUCGUCGUUCUGGAACAACCCCAGACGCAACAGCAGGCAAAUAACUUCCAAAUUUUCGAAGAUGAAGAAAAUAAUUAUGAAGCCAAUGAAUCUUGUUCAACUCAGGUCUUCAAUUGUUUCAUUAAACCGCACUCGAUAAGCACGCCAAAGGCUCCGGGUAAAAGCGUUAAACUAACCAACCCAUCUGAGAGACAGCAAACACAUAGUAAUUUGCCUGAAACAGAUAAUGCUUCGGCUAAAACUGGCCAAUCUCUUCAAAUAUCUAAUCAAAACUGCCCUGCAACGUUAGCUUUAUCACCUGAAUAUGAUGCUGGCAUGACUCUUCGGGGAAAACAGCUUUCGACUAUAAUGGAAACUUCAGAGCACGCAACUGGGUCGACAGGUAGCACGAAGUUUUCCAUAAACACUCCAGAUUUCGAAGUGGAUGUACAUCAAUCAAGGUUGCCAUUAAUGGCCAAUGUAUGCACCUUGGAAACUGUUGAUGAAAACAAAUCGCUUGCGGAAAGAGACUGCAGCGGUGAAAAGCUUAUGAUAUCAAUUCGCCAGCAUAAAGACACAACUAUAGGUGGCGCAACAGCAAACCCAAAUGAAAUUUCUCGACUUGAACAACCAGAAGACACUGUACCGACUAUGCCGGCUGUGAGAGUUUUCGAAGAUAAAACCGAAACAGUUCCAAAGAUAUUGAUCACGAAAUUGAGAACCUUUCCCGAUGUUAUUGAAGAAAAAGGUGAAAAAUCGGUUAACGUAAGCGUCAAAUCAGUAAACUAUGGACACAAUAACGAAAAGAAGACUAUUUCUUCGUCUAGAAAUCAUCAGAACUUUGCUUGUGGCGAAGACAUGAGUUUCUUUGACAAGCCAUCAAAUUUGGAACUAUCUCUCUCCAAAAAAAAUAUUAAUACCCCAGCUUCUCCAUCGCCAGCUGCUGUUCUGCAUAAUUCGAUUUUCACAUCUUCGGCAUUUAUGAAAUUUCAAGACUCUCCAGAGCAUUCGAUGUUGAAGUUGAAUAAUUCCCCUGAGCGGAUAGUCAGGCGACUGUCAGAUGUUAAAACAAAUACUGAUGAAAAUGGUGUGAAGAAUAGAACCUUAGACUCAUUGUUUUUGCCAAAUAUGUCGGCGAUUGGUUGUGAAAAACAGUCGAAGCGAAAGAACGCAAUGGAAAACUCAUUUUUGCCAGGAUUUGCCAAUGAAACCUCACUUCGUUUGUCUCCAGAAAAAUACAAACAACCGACAAAGGAUUCUUUUCUUUCGGGUUUUCCAAGUGUUGCUAUUGGUGAGCAUAAACCUCAAGAAGACUCCUUUGUUGCUUACCUAUCCAAAAAUAGAAAUAAUGAAACGAAAAACAAGGAUAAGCCAAAGGUUAACGUCCAUUGCGAUAGCGACAGUCUCUUAGCUAGCUUUAGGACUAAUGAGGGUCCAUUUAAACCAAAAGACAACAGCGCCGACGAUAAAGAAAACAUAGAAAAAUCAUUUUUGCUAACUUUAUCACCAGAUCUAUACAAAAAUUCCAUGUUCAAAAUUCCUACCGCUAUCGAAGAUCGUUCAUUGGUCCAGAAAAAUAUUUCUUUUCUUCCCAACCUAUCAACCACGGGUGCCUUAUCAAAAUUUCAAAUACACGAAGACACUGACAAAAGCGGGUUAUCGAAUAAGAUAUCGCUUCUGGGUUUAGAGGAUCAUCAAGUAAAACCGAGCCACAAUACAAGUUCAGAAAAACAAAACAAGUUCCAUGCAAAUUAUUCAUCGCCUCAACUCAAGAGCCUGAGUUCAAUCGAGAAUGCAAACUCAAAGACAAAAGCUGAACUCGAAUUUCCCCUGGCGAAGAAUUCUAGUGGUCAAUCUCAAUUUAAGACCGAUUGUUUCUUCGAAGAUAAUAUCAGGACAGAGGCUUUCGCAGUGAACCUGAGUAUGAUCAAGAACUCUACUUUGCUGCCGAAUUAUGACUUUCAUCAAUCUCAGAUAAAAAAUGAAUCGAUUAAUAUAGUUGAUAAUCUUAGUGGCCCAUCCAUGCCCUCGUCGUCUGUUCCUGAAGACUUUAUUCGGCCACAUGCAAGUUCCUCGAUGCCUUCUGGAAGUGCCGCCCAUCAUCAAACACACAAAGUUCCAAGCUCAGCGGAAUGCAUUGAAAUCCAAACAUCAGAUGAAGAGCCUGAUGUUUUCGGAAAAAGUAUUUACCAUACAAAAACACCCAAAACUCCACAGAUGGCUCGGCACGCCUGGACAACAGAGCAGGAAGAUGACACUUCUGAUGAGAAUAGUAAUAACUUUGUUCAUCAUGUGGCUGAUUUGGACCAAACUCAACAUGUUAUUGAUAAUAUUUGCGAGUCCAAAAAUGUUAAUCCAUUCAAUAAAGAAUUGAUCGAUGCAUUCCUAAGUCAAGUCGAGAUAAUAUCGUUUGUCAAAACAUUACCCACUUGCAAAUUAGUGCGCAAGGUUCCACCUCUAAAGAGAGACUCACAAAUUGAGUUGAAUGGAAGAGUCUUUAAUGUCAAUAAGCUUAUUGGAGAGGGGACUUUUGGGUCCGUUUAUAGUGCCAAGGAAUCUCAUAGUGGAAAAAUGUUUGCUUUGAAACAAGAGCGCCCAGCAAACUUAUGGGAAUAUUAUAUCUGUUUAGAAAUCCAAAGUCGACUACAUAGUAACGAAAUGAUGUCUGGCUUUAUGAAUGUCGAAUACGCACUUAUUGGUAAUAAUGCAAGCGUUUUGAUUUCAAAAUUUUCCCGCUACGGAUCACUUAUUACAGUUUGUAAUAAAAUCAAAAAAGAGACUUUGAAAAAUGUUGAUGAAUACGUUGUGAUGCAUAUGGCUAGCCAAUUACUACUUAUAAUGGAUCAUCUGCAUGCGUCGAACAUAAUUCACGCGGAUGUUAAGCCUGAUAACUUUGUGCUAAUGGACAAAUUAGUUUUCGGUAAAAAACAACCCGCAAUUCAGCUUAUAGACUUUGGAAAUUCGAUUGACAUGAAUUUGUUUCCGCCAGGACAAACAUUCACGUACAUCCAUGAAAAUGAGAGCUUUAAGUGCGUCGAAAUGUGCGAGAAACGUCCGUGGACAUAUCAAUUAGAUUUAUUUGGAUUAGCUGGUGUUAUACAUGUGUUGUUGUUUGGAAAAUAUAUGGACCUCAUAAAAAAGCCCACUGGAUGGACACAUCGAACACAUGUACCAAGAUAUCUUAACAAAACACUUUGGGAUGUAAUAUUUCAUAGUCUGUUGAAUAUUAAUAACUGCCAGACAAUGCCAAAUUUACAACAUUUGCGAGCACAACUAGAAGAGGAAUUGGCUGAAAAUGAUAAAUUAGUGUGUCAAAAGAUAAUUGAAUUUAAUCGUGCCCUAGAUUUAUAAGUACUUCACAUAACAGUUAGAUUUGUUCUAGUUUUACAUACAGUUUUAUUAUUUGUGCGUCAAUAGUAUGUUUUGUUAUAUUUAUUGUAUCAUCGUAAUCAUAAAUAAACUUUUUUACUCGCUUUCAGAAACGUCGUUCGAGUGGAUGUGUGCAGAA